GAAAAUGGCGACUAUUACAGACAUCGGCCUUUCUGCAGCUAUCAAUCUCUUGUCGGCAUUUGCUUUCCUGCUUGCUUUUGCCAUGUUGCGACUGCAACCUGUUAACGAUCGGGUUUACUUCCCAAAAUGGUAUCUGAAGGGGAUAAGAGGCAGCCCAACUAGAAGAAACAUUGUGAACAGAUUUGUCAAUCUGGACGUCAGGACAUACAUAAAUUUUCUGAGCUGGAUGCCCGCAGCAUUGAGUAUGCCGCAACCAGAGCUUAUAGAUCACGCAGGGCUGGACUCUGCCGUGUAUAUUCGUAUUUAUCUUCUUGGCUUGAAGAUAUUCGUCCCAGUCACCGUAGCCACUUUAUUUGUUUUGGUUCCGGUUAAUUGGAUGGGGAAAACAUUGGAAAGCAGUAAAGACUUGAAGUUUAGCAAUAUUGACAAGAUUUCAAUAUCCAACAUUCCAUCUGGAUCAAGAAUAUUUUGGGUGCAUAGUGGCAUGUCAUAUCUCUUCACAUUUUGGACGUGCUAUUGUCUUUUCAAAGAAUACAAGAUUAUAACGGACUUGAGAUUGAGAUUUUUGGCAGCCGAAAAUCGUCGUCCAGACCAAUUUACUGUCCUUGUGAGGAAUGUUCCCCCGGAUCCCGACGAGACAAUCAGUGAGCAUAUCGAACAUUUCUUUUGCGUUAAUCAUCCCGAUCACUAUCUGUUGCAUAACGCUGUCUAUAAUGCGAACAAGCUUGCAUCAAUAGUUGCAGAGAAGAAGAAAUUACAAAAUUGGCAUACUUACUACCAAAACAAAUUUGAACGAAGCCGUUCACAAUCAUAUAGGCCAACUACACGGACAGGCUUUCUAGGUCUCUGGGGAGAGAGAAUCGAUGCUAUUGAUUAUUAUGCGGCGGAGAUUGCCAGGCUGAGUGAAGAAGAAGAGGCGGAAAGAGCGAGGGUUUCAAGGGAUCCCGAGGCUCUAAUUCCUGCAGCAUUUGUUUCGUUCAGAACUCGAUGGGGGGCAGCUGUCUGUGCUCAAACUCAACAAUCUAGUAAUCCUAGUAUUUGGCUCACAGAAUGGGCCCCUGAGCCUCGGGAUGUCUGUUGGGAAAAUCUCUCUAUUCCAUACGUUGAGCUCACCGUUCGAAAAUUGCUCAUGGCUGUCGCUUUAUUCUUCCUAAUCUUCUUCUUUAUGAUACCAAUAGCAUUCGUCCAAACUCUAGCCAACAUUGAUGCGAUUCAAAAGGGUCUUCCAUUCUUACGGCCACUGUUGCAAAAGCAAUCUGUCAAGUCUUUCGUACAGGGAUUUCUACCAGGUCUAGCAUUGAAGAUAUUCCUUAUUAUGGUUCCAACAAUUGUCAUGCUUAUGUCCAAAAUAGAAGGACAUAGAUCGUUUUCAUCUUUGGAGAGGAGAUCAGCUGCGAAAUAUUACCUUUUCGUUCUGGUCAAUGUGUUCCUUGGGAGCAUUGUAGCAGGAACGGCAUUUCAACAACUCGAAGAGUUUGUUAAAGGCGAUUCAACAAAGUUGGCAAAAAUGGCUGGCGCCACAGUCCCCAUGAAAGCCACAUUCUACAUCACAUAUAUAAUGGUCGAUGGUUGGUCCGGAAUAGCCGCAGAGAUCCUAAGAAUAACUCCGUUUGUUAUAUUCCACUUGAAGAACACGUUCUUGGUGAAGACGGAGCAAGAUAGAGAGCAGGCUAUGAAUCCCGGAAGCUUGAACUUCGCUGUAAAUGAACCUCGCUUACAAUUAUACUUUAUGCUGGGCCAUCUCUAUUCUCCCGUAACGCCUGUGCUUCUCCCUUUUAUUGUCGUCUUCUUUGCUUUUGCCUACCUCGUCUUUCGGCAUCAGAUCAUCAAUGUCUAUCAUCAGAGUUAUGAGAGUGCAGCAGCAUUUUGGCCAGAUGUCCAUCGUCGAGUGCUUAUUGGCUUGUUCAUAUCUCAAAUCCUUUUGAUGGGAUUGUUAAGCACAAAAGAUGCUAAUAAGCCGACGAUUGCGCUUGUGGCACAGCCUAUUUUUACAAUAUGGUUCUAUUUGUAUUGCAAAGGGCGCUUCGAAUCGGCGUUCGUUAGACUUUCAUUAGAGGAUGCAAUGAUAAAGGAUACACUUGAGAAGGCAAUCGAACCAACUCUCAACAUGAGAUUGUAUCUUCAGGAUGCUUACAUACACCCAGAUUUCAAGGGAGGUGUUUUGGACAAACCACAAAUUAUCGACGAGGAAGAGAACAAUCCACUCAUCCAAACCAAGAGAGCUCGCCGAAGUAGCAAGCAACAAUCUGAGGUCGGAAGUUCCGAGGCUUCGAUUACGCCUAUGGCGGGUAACAUCACUCGAUGUCCUAGUAUCAAAGAAUGACUUGAAUAGUAGUUAACCGCUCAUGUUCAAUAGAGUUUAGGAAUUACGUAGCACGUCCAAUUCCCUGCCGUGUAUAUUUCUUCUUUCGUCACCACAAAAAUACCAUCCUUUCUCCAAUUCUAGCUGGCCUUCAGACAAAAUCUAGAAUGAAGCAUACAGCGAGGGAAGAAAAAAAUCUAGAGCCACACCUGUUCACUCAACAAAUUUCUGCUUUUUCCGGC